CCUUAAGGAUAAUCCGUCUUCAACCACGGGCAGGGACACCUCCCACCAGCUCCAGCCCCAUCCACCAUCCCUAUUCCCUUUGCCCUUGCUCUGCCCUUUAAGCCGAGCGCUCCGCAUCCCUCUUCGCCCAGCCCAGCAAGCGAAGCCGGGAUAAAGGGCCGGGGCCGGGGCCGGCCGGUUGCUGAGCUGCAAACAGCGCUCUCCUAAUAAAGCGAUGCCCUAUAAAUAGGCGGCUCUGCAGGCGGCGGAGCGCAGCGCACCCGGCACAGCCCGCACCCCGGCAAGAUGCCCCGCGUCGAUGUAGACCUCAAGCUAGACUUUAAAGAUGUCCUGCUCAGACCUAAAAGAAGCAGCCUCAAAAGCAGAUCAGAGGUCGACCUCACGCGCACCUUCACUUUCCGCAACUCCAAGCAGACGUACACAGGAAUUCCCAUUAUAGUGGCUAACAUGGACACUGUGGGGACAUUUGAGAUGGCCAUGGUUAUGGCAAAACAUUCAAUGUUCACUGCAAUUCACAAGCAUUAUUCUCUGGAAGAAUGGAAACUGUUUGCUGCCAAUCACCCAGAAUGCCUUGAGCAUGUAGCAGCAAGCUCAGGUAGUGGAAAAGCUGAUUUCGACAAGUUAACAAGUAUUCUAGAGGCCAUUCCACCAAUCAGAUAUAUCUGCCUAGACGUGGCAAAUGGCUAUUCAGAGCACUUUGUGGAGUUUGUGAAGUCUGUCCGUGCAAAGUUUCCACAUCACACCAUUAUGGCAGGCAAUGUGGUGACAGGAGAGAUGGUAGAAGAACUUAUUCUUUCCGGAGCAGAUAUUAUUAAAGUGGGUAUUGGACCAGGUUCUGUGUGUACCACUCGGAUCAAGACAGGGGUGGGCUAUCCACAGCUAAGUGCUGUUAUUGAGUGUGCCGACUCAGCACAUGGCUUGAAAGGACAUAUCAUCUCUGAUGGAGGAUGCAGCUGUCCAGGAGAUGUCGCCAAAGCGUUUGGAGCUGGUGCUGAUUUUGUCAUGCUUGGAGGAAUGUUUGCAGGCCAUGACCAGUGUGCUGGAGAGAUUAUGGAAAAGAAUGGCAAGAAGGUGAAACUCUUCUAUGGAAUGAGCUCUGAUACAGCUAUGAAGAAGCACGCAGGAGGGGUUGCUGAAUACAGGGCUUCGGAGGGCAGAACUGUGGAGGUACCGUACAGAGGGGACGUAGAACUCACCAUCUUGGACAUCCUCGGAGGGCUGCGCUCCACCUGCACCUACGUGGGAGCCGCCAAACUCAAGGAACUGAGCAGGAGAACAACAUUCAUCCGGGUCACCCAGCAGCACAGCCAGGUCUUCUCUUAGCCCAGGACUAGGGGGAUGGAGAGAGUGGGAUAGGGGAGAGGAGCAGGAAGGGCUUCUGUUCUGUUUUGCUUUCUCCUCCAUGUUGUGUUAGUAGCAAACUCUCCUCUCUCUUAGAAAGGCAGUGUCAUAGCCAUUGGAGGGGCUAUGGCUGGGAUUUGGAAGGGGAAGGUCAUGCUAGUAACACAGUGCCAUUGGUUCAAAAUGAAAUAGCCUCAUCUUUUAUUGUUGUGCCUUUUUUAGUUUUUAAUCAACAUUUCUUCACCUGUUUCCCCCUCCACUCAGAUAAAUAGCUGCUGAAACCUCAGUUAACAAGGAUUUGGCUCAUACAGACAUGGCUCUUAGGCCUGCACACAUAUACAUAUUCCCUUUUUCAAGACUGACCUGUCAGCUACCACCACUUCUGGCAGUGCACCUUCCAGAAACUACAGGCUGUGAGAGGAAAAGAUGCAAGGAAUUGCAUGGGGAAAUAAAAAAAAAAAAAAAACCAAAUUAUCUUAAUCUUUGUUCUGGUAAAAGAAUGGAUGUUUGUGGCUAGGCUGCCGGCCUGUGGAAUGUCAGGGGUGGAUGAGGCCUGGCUAGCGGUGACUUCUUACUGUGAUGAUAAAAAUGCCAGAUCUCUUUCACUCUCGUUCACAGGGCUCUGGCACUGCCAUUCUUACUUAGAGCUCCCCAUUCAAUAGACUUGCUUCUUCAGAGAAGCUGGCCCUGAAUGUAGCAAACUCAUGCUAUCCCCCUACCCCCAUCUGUGGAGAUCAUUCUGGAGAAAUUGUCUCAGAGCUUGCCUGCUUUUUCGUGCAUGCCAUUAGUGAAUUACCUGGGUUCCUGGUUUUACCUGCUGGCUGUGAACAGAUUUUUAAGGCAUUCAGUAACCCCACCGAGGAGGGAGAGGGGCGGUUCUCUGCAGUGCUCCCUAUUCCCCUGCUUGCUCAUAUCCAUUUAGCAAAGAUGUAAAAAUGCUGUGCUUUGCGUUUGUGGCCAGGUGAAUGAAGCCAGGGGGAUCAAACUCACAUUUGGUUAUUUGGUGCCACUCCUUGUGCAGUCGUUGACACCAUGAAAAGCAAAAGAGAGCUUUCAACAGAACAGCUGGAUUGCAAGACACUGGUGGGCUGAGAUGGAGUUAAGGCAUUUGCUCUAAAAUGAGUAAUGAAUGUUUAAGACUCUGGGUAACACUUUAUUAAAGUGUAAUGGCCCGCUAGCUAGUUGAUAAAUCACAAUGAAACUUCUUUGGAAAUACACAUUGCAUCCCCAUGAAUAGCACAGUAGCUCGUUAGGAUAAAUGAUGUAAAAGUGAGCACCAAUGAAUUAAUAAUACUUGGCCACUUACUUUAAAGUGCUGCUGAGAUUGUAAUACAGCUGCUGUUACUUCAGAGUCAUACUUCCCCCUCCUGUAGAUGCCUGUGGAAAGAGACAGGCUUCCUUUGAAAAGUGAAAGAGUGAUCUGCAGGAAGAGGAAUAGCAAAGAGAAACUCCAGAAUUAAACUCACAGAAUUAAGUUUAAUUAAUCCACACACAAGGAUUGGUACAAUUUGCCAUGCUGAGAAACAAAUUGAGGCCACAAUCUGAUCCCUGGUGGUUUUGACAUGUGUUGUGCGCAUUAGAAAAAACACAGAAUAUCUUCUAAAUAGCCUGAUACUUUAAAUGUCUUCCAUGUAACAUCUAGGACAUAAUUCUUAAUUGUAGUACCACCCCUUCCUCUGCUUUGGAGGUAAAUAAGGGCCUUAAGGUGAGCACGGGUUAUGCUCGUGCUGGCUUUAAGGACCAUUUGUCCUGUCCACGUGUCAUAAAGGAACCAGAAUGCAGAAGAGAAGCAGGCCCUGCGAGUAGAGGACCUGAUCUCUGUUCCCUCCAGCCUGAAAGCAUCACAUGAAGAAGAUGCUGGGCUGUGUCACCACAGACCUUCCCGUGCUUUUACCUGCACUGAGCCCAGAGGACAGGCAGCGUUCCUGCUCUGCAUCAGCACGGCUGUAGGUCACUGUUCCUUUAUUUACGUGAUGUGAAGGGUAGGGGUGCAAAGGCAAAUCAACACCUCUGCCAGCAGCGGGGUUGGUCUGUCCCAGCACCAGCCUGACCACAGGGGUGUCUCCACACUCGUGCCUUCAUACAUGGGAAGGGCAGCAGCCCGCUGGGCUCAUGCCUACGCUCGCUAGUGCUUUUCUACUUUUUUUUAGCUACAUUUCUAAAUGGAAUUUAAGAAUUACAUAUACAUACCAAAAUAUAUGUAUAUAUAUAUUUGUAAAUUUUUUUUUUUUUUAAAAGAUCAUACGCACAGUGAACAGAGCAGCUCCGUGACAUGAACAGAGCAGCUCCGUGACAUGAACAGAGCAGCUUCAGGACAUGUCUUCAGAACAGUUUCUUUUCCAAAGAGCAGGUGCUGGGGUCAAAGGAGGGGCUGCCUCUCCACAGGGGUGGCAAGCGUGGCACCUCCUCCCGGGGCAGGCUGUACACUUAGACAGCCAGCCUGGCCUGGGGCAACCUUAAACCUGUGUUCCUUCCCCUUCCGCACAUACCUCUGACUGGCCAAUAAUAGGAAAGGAUGGGGAUGGGCUAAUCUUAAGUUGCUCCCUGAGUUCUCCAGGCUGUGAAUGACAUUUGCGCUAAGAGUAGUUACUGAUAAAGCUUUGAUUUGAGGUGUUUGGUUUUUCUCAAUAGCAGCUCACCGUCAAUUUGGUAAGCAGUGUGUUUUCCUCCUUUAGAUUUCGUUUUCUCCUUCUCUCUCUAAAGUGAGCAGGAGAGAGAAUGGCUGCAGAAAAGCUGAACCGGUGGCAUUUCUGUACCUCACCCAAAGUUAUAUGAGGGUUUUAUUCAGGGAUAACCCUCAAUUAUGUGAGUGCUCACCAUCAACGCUGUGCAAGUCCAGCUCUCAGAUGGGCUGGAAAAUGCAAACAAAGAUGAGCUUAAGCUCUCCUUUAACACCAGUCCUGUGCUGUAGGAGUUGUCCUCAUCUUUACUUAGCCCCAGGUCCUGUGCCCUGCUCAAGCCUGCUGCCAUGCUCAUAAGGAACUGGGGCAGAGAGGGAGCUGAGGACACGCUAUGCCUGGCAGGAUGGUUCAAACAGAGACCACAAGCACUGACAAAUGCUGUGUGCCAUUUGUGGAUCUACCUCACCUGCACAUUUAACCAGCUUCUCUGUUCCUUGGUGUUCUUCUGUGGGAAAUGAUAUUUGUAAAAGCUUAGUGUUGAGUGAUGCUGCAUAAACAGAGCAUCUUUAAACCCGCCACCCUAGCCCCGUCCUGUCUAAAGGACCGCUGUGAGCAUGAUAACCAUUGUAGGACAAGGUCACGUAUGCUUCCCCCAGCCAGGCAAUUGCUGAACACCAGCAGCAGCGCUGAGGUUUGGCCAAGUGGCUCUGCAGACAUUUAGUUUAAGGCACCAAAGCCGUACAAGCAAGAAUGCUGCAAAAUGGCAGCAUUACAUCAUUAAAGUAAUCCCUGCUGCAUGUGUCCAUCUCUGACUUCUUGAAGCAUAUGGACACACAAGCCACCCCUCCUACCUGCGCAGCCUCUGGCUCACCCAAACUCCCCCUGGGCGAGGGGUCUUGGCACAGCAGCAGCCUUCCUCAUGACUGUAUGACCAUGGGGGGUUUGUGGGGAGAGCCCAUGCAGAGCUUCUCAUAGGUGAGGAGUGGGCCUUGCACCAGCAUCCUGCCGGAUGCAAACCAAGUCAUGCAGGUCUCCCUUCUCUGAAAGAAACAAGUGCAGACACGCAGGGAGCGUACUCUGCCCCCUGUGCUUGUUGGCACAGCUGGCUCUCCCCCUUUGGCCACUUUCACUGGGCUCUCCUGUGCAGCUCUCUUCUCACCUUAAGGCACUACAGGGUUCAGUGUAGGAAGGGGCCACCCUGUAAAUAUGAAAAGUGGGAAGUGAGGGCAGGAGGAGCUUCUGCUUACAUUUGGAGCUGCUUUCCCCAGGGAAUAUGUGCCUCCGUCUUCCUUUCACCUAGUUAAUAGUGUAGGGGGAGAAAGGGUGGUGGUGGGCAAGAAACUUAGCAGCAAUAAGCCAGGCCCUGCACUGUUGGGACAGGGGCUGGUGGUCUUCAGUUACAGAUCUGAUGAGAGUUGGAAGCCUUUUCCAAAGCAAGUGCUCCCUAGUUUACACCCGCUGAGCUCCCCUCUCUUGAACAGAUCUGCUGCUACAGCUUGCUGCCAGUGUACAUCCAGUGUCUGUCCAUCACUGCCUCCCACCCUUCCACCCCAAGGAUGUUGCUUUUUAGUCAUCGGUAUCAGUUUUUUACCAGAAGUUUCUUUGCUGGAGCCAGGAGGGCUUUUGCAACCAGUGCCAGCUUUGGCCUUGCUUGUGUAGGAGAGAAAAAAAUACCUAAAAACCUAAAGAACAGCGGUUUGCCUUCUGCAGCCAGAGCCGGCAGGGACAGGGUGGGAGCUGCUGGGGGUGGAGGGGCUGUAGCACAACUCGGUUAGGGGCUGGCACAGCUCUGCACCCCGGAGCACAGCAUGGACCAGCCCCCUGCCACCUUUGCUUGGCUUGGUUUAUGGGCACUCAGCUGUUUAAGCUUCCCCAGCAUUUACUUGACACAGUGUUUACUGGUUGAAGUUUUCAUACGUAAAUAAAUAAUUCAGAGUCCAAAACUCCUUGGUGUUGCCUGCGGUAACUGUGAAGCGCUUCUGCCUCAUCAGCCAAAAAAAGCUGAUGAGCGUGCGAUUUAUUCCUGCCCUGCUUGGCUCUCCUGAGGUGGCGAUGACAAACGCUGCCUCCUGUCAUGCGCAGCAACUGCGAGUGCGCAACGCCUCUGGCGCACGUGGCACAAUCAUUUCCAGUGUUCAAAAGUUGUAAAUGGAAAGUCUUUGUUAUGCAAUAAAGACCUUCACUCUGAACGUGUCUGGAGAGGGUUUUAUGGCCAUGGGUGGGCACGCACAUGUUUCUGCGUCAUCAUGAAGAAAAGCAAACACUCUAAUACGUGUUGACAGCAAGGUGGGGAGAAAUUAAGUCAAAUUACGCCCC